GGCUGACCAAUCUGCGUGUACAUUGUUAAAUACUAAUAAGAAGUCAUUGUGUAAUGUAUAUGUAUUACUCGCAUUUGUAUGUAAGAUGUGGAAUAGUAAUGAAUGCUCCCAGGAAGGAUGCUUUUUGUAACAGGAAAAUGACCGCCAAGCUGCAGGAUCAGAUCUGAUGUGGGCUUGAACCUUGAAACAUUCAGCAAUAGAAUACAUCUUCCUCAUGUAAGAAUGGAAGUGAUCCUUUGAUUCUUCAGCCUGACCAUAUAACCCGGCUUCCUUCUGGAAAGGCAUUGGAAUUUUUUGAAUUCUAGUUAUUUCUGUAAAGGAGUUUUGGUAGUACUGCUUGAAAGAUGCCGAUUUUAAAGCAGCUUGUGUCUGGUUCAAGUACAAAGCGCCGGUCACGUGCUGAUUUGACGGCUGAGAUGAUCAGUGCACCCAUGGGGGAUUUUCGCCAUACCAUGCAUGUUGGAAGAGGUGGGGAUGCCUUUGGAGACACCUCUUUUCUCAGCAGUGAUGGAAGUUUAAGAAAGGCUGAAGAGACCAGCUCAAAGCCUGGCCUACUUUCAAGAACUUUCAGAAGCAGCAAACGAUCACAUUCCGUUACACGCUAUGAUAAGAGGGAUACAUUGGAGGUAUCAAGGGAUUCCAUGAUUUUUGUCAAAAAUGCAGUUUCUUUGCCACAGCUUAAUGACAAAGAAGAUGAGAGGAGUAUUGGCAGAGUUCCAAAGAGUUUGUCUUCAAGUCCAGUCAAAACAAUCUCAAGUGAGAAAAGUGGAGAUGUCCACGUCAAUGGUGGCGCAUCUUGUAACGUUUCAGAUAAAGACCUUGAGGCAUUUAAAGAUGAAAGGGACUUUGGUGAUAUAACAGAUCUGCCUGAGCCAAUGCCCAAAGGAGGCAUGAAGCAUGCAGAAUCAAUAAUGUCUUUUCACGUAGAUCUUGGACCUUCCAUGCUUGGUGAUAUCUUGAGUAUCAUGGACAAAAUGACAUGGGAUGAUGAUCUUGAACUUGGCCCUGAUGAUGGGAAGCAGGCUAAGGAGACACCUGGCAAACGGUAUCAAGGAACCGAACUUGAAACUAAAAGUGUUGUAGCUCCUCAUGUUAUUAGAGAGGAAGCACAGAGUGUAGCAACCUACAGCCCAGACUCUUCAAGGAGCCAUGGUAGUCACAUGACCCACGAUAGUAGCUCCAUCUCUAGUUCCACAUCUGGAAAUGUGGAGGAAUGGGGGCAUACGUCUGAAAGUUUGGAUAGAAAGUAUAAGGGCCAAAUGAAAGGUGUGCCAGGAAACAGAAAAGACAAAGACUUUUCCUUUAUGGAUGAAGAUGAUGAUGAAAUCACAGUAUAGAGUGCAUUGUUGAGAUGUAAUUUACAAAACCACAACAUGGAUGAGGCAAGCAAUGGAGCUAAGUUAGGCCUUGUUCUGAGUAGAAGCAAGUUUGCCACUUUCUUUAAACAUCCUUCCCAAGGAGCUUACUGUCAGUUGGUGCUUUUUAGUGGCUCUGCAAAAUCUUUUCAGUAAGUGAUAGUUUCUUUAAAAAAAUGAAUUUAAUUGCAAGAAAGACUCCUGAGAAAAUGGAUGGGAUUUGCUUUGGAAAUGACAAAGUUCAGUAGUUCACACAUCAUCGUGAUGAUGAUGUUUAUGAUUUGAGAGAAUUGAACUUUAAUGCAUUUCACUGACCUGUUUGCACAAUAUGUAGGGGUGGUUUAUACCCCUAAAAUGAAAGCUUGUAUGGCUAAACACUAAAGAAUGUGUGUUUAACCCUGAAUCAUAUUAUAUUUUCCAUUUCUACAGAGAAAGCUUACUACUUUAAGUUAAACACUAAACUAUGGACUGUAGAUAGUCUGCCUUUCUGGGGUAAAAUAGAUUUACUUCCUGUACUACAUAAUAUAGGUUUGUGUUUUAAUGCAAUGUUGCUUGAGGAAACUGUUUUUCUCCAGUGUUCUCUAAUAUGGAACAACAUCUGUGAUUAUACUACAGUCUUAAAUAACUAAUUUUGAAGGAUCUUCAGCAACAAGGUUCUGUCUGCAAUGUGUGGCUGUAAAGACUGAGAACUCUAAACCUACUCCAUAUUAGAGGUUUGAACUUCAUUCCAGGGUGACACACACACACACACACACACGCACACACAGCAAAAAAAAAAUCUUUCCUUUUAAAAAAAAAAAAUCUUGAAUAGCUUUGUUUUUUUUUUCAGAUCUGCCAAAAAGAGCUUGUAACUUCAUGCUUAAAACAUAUUGCUACGUCUUAGAGAGCUGUCUUGCAAUGCUGUUUUUCAAAUGCACUGUCACUCUCUAAUUUGCUUUUGUUGCAGAAGGUAGUCUAACAUCUGUGAAAUGUUUGAAAGCUUUUACAAAAAUGCUUUUGUCUUUGUACAAAUGUAGUCCAGACCACUGCAGUUGCUACUAUAUUCUGAUAAGAGAUCGCUGUGCCAUCUAUGAGAACGUGGUGAAACCCAGACUUUCUCUUCGAAGAAGAAGAAUGGCUUUUGUUUACAUAUUCUGUAGUGAAAAUGAGGAUAUUCAAGAUGGGCUGCUCUCUUGGAACGGAUUUAUUUUCCUUACAGGCUAGAGAAUGUAUUUACUAGUGUUUGGGACUAUUGUCCUUACCCCAGAAGAAGUUACACAUUUCAGAUAUGGAACAUAAAUUUUGUGCUUCGACGCAUUAGUUUCCUACUCUGUUGAUUCCUGGUUGAUCUCAGAAGAUGACUACAGCAAAAUACAGGCUCCCUACAUUUAUUUUUGCCAAUUAAACUGAUUAAAACACUAACUUUUAUAAACAUUAAGCAUUGAAUGUAUUGUACAGUUCUAUUUUAUAAUUUUGUUCUAAAAUAUAGAUGUUUAAAAAUGCCAUUAUGUAGAAUGGUGAUACGUUUCUUUGUACAGUUUCAUGAUAAUAUCUGAGUAAUAUAUUUUUAACACAUUGUUUUGAAAA